AUGUACCAAGUUAAGGAUCCUUCUCCAAUUAAGGUAGCAGAGGAGGCUUUGGAGAGUGUCAUGGAAUUUAACAAAUGGAAUGAUGUCAAGAAAGGUGAAGAAAGGCUCAGGACAACUUCUGACACAAGCACCUUGGGUGUCCAUUUCUUACAUGUGGAUGCUAGCUUUUCUGAAGAAGGAUUCAUGACCAUGGGGUGUAUCAUCAAAGAUCACAACCAGGCCUUUUCUCUAGCUGCGUGUAGAAGAGAAAAUAUGCAAGUGGAGGUUGCUGUGGGAGAAGCCAUGGCAGUAAGGUGGGGAUUAUCUCUGGCCAAAGACCUGAAUUUAGAGAAGAUUGUGAUCAAAUCGGAUGCUAAGGUGGUGGUGGAUUGUGUAAACGGUUUCUCCAAGCUGGUGGCCCUGGAACCUGUGAUCGUGGACAUUAAGGAGAGCUUAAGAUUUUUUAAUUUUGCUUCUUUAUUGUUUCAUAGUCGUAGUUGUAAUUUUCAGGCCCAUAACUUAGCCAGAUUAGCUCAUUUUGUUGGUUCCAGGACAUGGGUUGAUGAGUAUCCAUCACAGGAUAUUUCUGCUUUUGUAACUUCUGCUAGUUUGCUUGUUUAA